UAUAUUUAGCAAUAUCGACAAUAAAAACUAACAUGUUAUUGCCAACAAUAUUUUUGUUUACCUAUUUUAUAUCAUUUUGUCAUUCUUCAACUGUAGAGGAUUGUAACCAACUAUACGCAUAUAAGGGAAAAUACAAUCCUAAAGACUGCGAAAAGUGUAUUACAGAUGCCGUACCUUGUAAAAAUUCUCUAGUAUAUUCAAAAACAUGUACGGAUAAUCCAAAAGAAUUUAAAAGCGUAGCAAAUUGUGAAGGAGUAUAUUCUGAAUGUUCUACUGCCGAAGAAAAUAGUUGUAAAUCAAAACUGUGUGAUUGUUUAAAGUAA